UAUAUAUUCCCUCACACUAAUCACUUGGACUCUUGUCUCUGCAUUUCUUCAACCCAUCAAAUUCAUAUAUACAAAAAAUAAUAAAAAAAGAAGAAAACCCUAUUUUUUUGAUUUGAUAAAAAAAAAAAACAAAAAAAAAUUGGAGAAAAUGGGAAGACCACCUUGCUGUGAGAAAAUAGGAGUGAAGAAAGGGCCAUGGACGCCUGAAGAAGACAUAAUCUUGGUUUCUUACAUCCAACAACAUGGUCCUUCUAAUUGGAGAGCUGUUCCUUCUAACACAGGUUUGUUCAGAUGCAGCAAGAGUUGCCGGCUCCGGUGGACUAAUUAUCUCCGUCCGGGCAUCAAACGUGGCAACUUCACCGAACACGAGGAAAAGAUGAUCAUCCACCUCCAAGCUCUUCUCGGCAAUCGAUGGGCAGCCAUAGCUUCGUACCUACCGGAGAGGACCGACAACGACAUCAAGAACUACUGGAACACUCACUUGAAAAAGAAGCUGUCGAAGAUUAACCGACAAAACAGCGAAAACGGAAGCAGCUCCGAAACCGAACCGAAGACCGUGUCGAAGGGGCAGUGGGAAAGAAGGCUUCAAACCGAUAUCCACAUGGCCAAACAGGCCUUAUGCGACGCACUCUCCCUCGAUAAAUCCGAUGACGACGAGAUUAUGAUCACCUCCAAGCUCUUCCCCAUGGGGGACCCACAAAUUACGAAUCCGCCGCCGAUACAAACGUCUACUUACGCAUCGAGCGCCGAGAACAUCGCUCGUUUGCUCGAGAACUGGACCAAGAAAUCCCCAAAAAAAUCGAUCUCGACGCAGAGUAGCAACAGUUCAUUCAACAACAACAACAACAACAACCCGAACAGCUCAUCGGGGCGCACUUCAAGCCCGAGCGAGGGUGCGAUAAGCACUACUACUUUCGUCGGAUUCAAUUACUCGGAGGAGGAUCAAGAAGCCAAAUUUGAUGAUGCUGGGGUUUUUCAUCAAGAAGAGAGUAAUAAUAACAAUAAUAAUACUAAUACUAUUAAUAAUAAUAUUAAUGUAAUUAAUAGGGGUGAUUUGGACAAUCAAAUUAUGCCCUUUAGUUUGUUGGAGAAAUGGUUGUUUGAUGAUGCAGCUGCUACACAAGGGCAGGAUGGGUAUUUCAUGGAAAUGGCCGCCAUGGGGGAAACUUCUGAUUUGUUCUGAAGAAAAAAAAUUUGUGUUUCUUCAGAACAACUGAGCAGUUUCUUGCUUUUUUUUUUAUUAGGGUUUUUAAAUUUUAAUUAAUAAUCUUGUUUUUUUUUUUUUUAACUAAUUGGGGUUUUUUUUUUUAGGGUUUAUAAUCUUGUUUUAUAAAUCUAUCUUAUGGGUGAAAGAAGACAGAAAUUAGAUGAGGGUUUUGUUUAAUGUUAAGAGCAGAAACUGUAAAUUAUUUGUAGUUUUUGUGUACUAGAUAGAUAAUAAGAUCCCCCUCAUCCUUCUUAGGAGACGGAACUAUUUGUACGUUGUGCAUCAUUUGGUGUACCUUCCUGAGAAAUGAGAAAUAUUAGGGUUUGACUUU